GUGAGAACUAAAUACCUACCUACUCGAACCAACUAUCGAUUUUGUGUACGUCAGGCUUUCUACCAAAAAUCAGAUAAACAUACGAUGUUUACUAAAGCAGCGAAUUCCAAAGUCAAGUUCCAAGACCAACAACUGGAUGAUUACAUCUUAGAGAAUUCUGUUCUGAAAAGCAAACUGCAAAGUAAAAUCGAUGCACUUUCAAUAUUGGGUAAAGAGUUGGACAAGUGCAGUAUGGAGAGGGAUAAAUACAAAGUGUUGGUAGAGCAGCUGAAGUGCGUACGAAGCACGACGCACCAGCAGAGCAGUACCAUGUGCAGGCUCACCCCCACAUACACAAUCAGUGGUGGCGAGCUACUCGCCAAGACACGAGAUCUCAAUGACAUGCUCAAACUAGAGGUGGAAACCCUCAGAAGUAAACUGGAAGAAGCCUCAGGGGAUAUAAUUGCAUUGAGAAAACAACUACAAAAGACAGACUCCACUGAGAACAUAGGUAAUAGAAAACAGUCUACUGCUCUAUCUUACACUCCAGAUGAUUAUGAACAAUUAGUCCAAGAUCUGGAAAAAAUUCAGAAAAAGUAUCAACAAAUCCACCUCGACUAUCGGGCCACUUUAGACGAAAAAGAAGAGCUGGUUGCUGACAGAGAUUACUACAAAAACAAAGUGCAAAGAUUGAACCACCAGAUCAGCUUCAUUCUAGCUAACAGAGUCAAGGCUCAACAAGACAACAGUGCACCAAAACCAGUGGUGGAUUUAGACGCCCUGGUGAUGGAAAACAAAUACCUCCACGAGAGAAUAACCCAGCUGCAAGUUGAAAAGGAAAUUAUUAAAAGGACACUAACAAAAUAUAAGGCAUUGCUUGAAAACAGGAAUAACAGUAAUUCAUUUAGCUUAUCGAAAGGAUUUGCGGAUGUUAUGACUCAAAAACAAGUUCGAGAAUACCUGGAAGUGAACUCAAAAACUGGCCUCAAAAGAACUUCAGCGGCAGAACUAAAGUCUAUUUGUUUAGGCCUUUUUGAGGCCCUCAAUGAUAAGUCUAUAGCUCUACAGCAUCAGAGGAAAACUAAUCAGAUACUAGCAAAUCGUAUUACAGAAUUGGAAAAGACAUUGGAAAACUGGUGCGAUGGACAGAAAUACAUACCCAUAUUUCCAUCACAGAUGUUACUUGACGAAUUCUGCGCAGAUGCCGACACCGCAUCCGUAAAAUCUCAGGACUCUAAAGAAAAAUAUAAUGACGAUGAGAGAGGAGAUGUGGAAAAUAAAGCGUCAGACAGUGACAAUGAUGCUAAAUGUACUGAUAGCUCUUCUGAUGACGCAGGGAGCAACUAUGAAUUUGAUGUUGGUGAAGAUAGAAAGAUGACUUCCAAAACUGUUUUGCCAAUAGAAUUAGAGGAGCUAGUUAAAGAAGCGUUGGCUGAAAUUAAAGCUUCUAGUAAUAGUGAUAAUAUUGCAGAAAUUCCAACUCUUUCAUAAAAUCAUCUAAUGGAUUAGUUACAUAAAUUAUACCGUGGAAAACGGAUUGAACUAUGCAAUUAUGCAUAACCCUUGCCCAAGGCCUUGCCUUGUAUCUUUACAAGGAAAACAUUAAGUAACGGUUCAAUCAAAAUGGUGAUAAUGAAAUAGUUAUGGUACUUACACUUAACACAUUCGACACCGCGUACCCGACUCUCGGGCACUCGUAAACUUUACUCAGAUGCCGGACAACCCGCCCAGCGGGUUGUUUUGUACGCAGAUAUAGACGACCGGUUUCUGGGGUAGUGCGCCGUUUUUUGCCCGGUUGCGAAAGUGUUAACCCUGUUGAUCGUCACGCCUAUUAUAUGUAUACAACGCGCCAUUGUAAACCUUAUCGUAAUACACGAAGGUUGAUAUUGCACUGUAACCGAGCGCCGUCAAAGGGUUAAAAAAAACCUUCACCUUAGUAUAUUAUGACAAGAUUGAAAAUAAUUCUAGUCAAAUUAUAAAAUAUGAGCCUUUACGAUACGCCAAAGAUCGGAAUAUUAGGUAGGUAUUAUAGUUUUGUUAAAAUUUUAUUAUAUCAUUAACAUUCCUUAUCUGUAUAUCUAGUCCAAUUUUAUUCUUAGUAUAAGAUUUUUGUUGUGUAUUAAAAUAAAUAUAUUGAAAUGGGCA